AUGAGCGGCGUGACCUGCUGCUUGCGCUUCCCGGGACAGCUGAACUGUGACCUGCGCAAGAUCGCCGUCAACCUGGUGCCUUUCCCGCGCUUGCACUUCUUCAUGACGGGCUUCGCCCCGCUGACCUCCCGCGGGUCGCAGCAGUACCGUGCCCUGACCGUCCCUGAGCUGACCCAGCAGAUGUUCGACGCCAAAAACAUGAUGUGCGCUGCGGACCCCCGCCACGGCCGCUACCUCACCGCGGCAGCGCUCUUCCGCGGCCGCAUGUCCACGAAGGAGGUGGAUGAGCAAAUGCUCAAUGUCCAAAACAAGAACUCCUCCUACUUCGUGGAGUGGAUCCCGAACAACAUCAAGGCGUCGGUUUGCGAUAUCCCUCCCAAAGGUCUCAAGAUGGCCGUCGCCUUCGCAGGAAACUCGACCGCCAUCCAGGAGAUGUUCAAGAGGAUGGCGGAGUACUUCACGGCCAUGUUCCGGCGCAAGGCCUUCUUGCACUGGUACACUGGCGAAGGCAUGGACGAGAUGGAGUUCACUGAGGCGGAGUCGAACAUGAACGACUUGGUGUCCGAGUAUCAGCAGUAUCAGGGGGCGGUGCUGGGUCAUGUUGAUAUCACUUGGUCCGAUGCCACUGCCGAGGAGGAAGGUGAGUUUGACGAGGAGGAGGGCGAGUAUGAUGGAUAG